AUGAAAGAGGUUGUGAAGAAGGUUAAAGAAGCUGUUUUGAAUCACAAGUAUGACGCAAAUCAUGAUAUGCUCAUGAACGACAUUAACAUGGAUCCAAAAGGUGUUGAGAAUCCAACAGUUGCUAUGGAGAUUGUAGGGACUGGACAUAAUAAGUAUAAGGUGGCAAAGACCCAAGACAAGAAACAGAAGAGGGAGAGGUGGCUACUGAAGACUAGAAGAUUCAAAGUGCAUAAGAAAAUUUAUAAGAAGAAAAGGAUUAUGAAAGAGAAAGAGAAGAUGGUGCUCUUUAAGAAAUUGAGGUACUUAAAUGGAAAUGGGAAUGGAGAAGUGCAAGUUAGGCCUUCUAGCUAA